GUUGAAAACAAAAUGACAUCAUAUAUAAUGAGAAAUUGAGAAACUGAUGCAAUAAUGACAGUUUAAUAAAUUUUACUUGCUCAUAUAGUGUCAUUUUGUAUGUGGUUAUGUACUGCAAAUGUAACCUUAUAUGAAUGUUAUCAUGACAUUAUGCAUUAAAUAAUGACAUUGUAUGAAUAUGUGUGAGAUUCAAAGCAAAAUGACAUCACAUAUAAUGAGAAAUUGAGAAACUGAUGCAAUAAUGACAGUUUAAUAAAUUUAACUUGCUCAUAUAGUGUCAUUUUGUAUGAAGUGUCAUUAUUGUUAGUCAUUUACAUGGUGAUUAAAGUGCAUAUAUAUGUGUGAACUUGAGAGACAAUAACAAGAGCUUUUAAGAAGUCAGUGUUACUGAAGUUGGAAGACUUGCGUGUCAACUCCUACUGCAAUGUUUCUGAGGUUCUUAAGAAAAUAAAGACAUAUCUAAGCACAGAGGAACUGACAGAGUUCAAGAAUACUGUAUUUGGUUGGAUGUUAAGAAUAGAAGAUAUUCCUUGGCUGAGUGGACAAUUGAUUUUGGGAUUGAUUGGAAACUUUGUGACUGAAGUUAAUGGAAAGACAGAUGACAGUGUCAUCAGGUUUAACAUUAAAGACAGUGUGAUCAGUUUUCAGAAGCAUGAUCUUGCAGUAAUGUGUGCUUUAAAGUUUGGAGCUGUGAAACCAAAUAUUUCUGAAGAGCUUGAGGGAGAUAUAUGGACAAAUUAUUUAGGAGGCAAGACAACUGUGACUCGUGCAGAUAUUCAGAAUGCAUUGAAGAAUUACAAGAGCACUGAUGAUAGCAGACUGACAAAUGAUGGAGUCAAACUGGCACUACUAUACAUAGUUUCACACUGCUUAUUUGGGAAUCAAGCUGCUAGACCCAUGAAGGCAUACUACAUAAAUUUAGUUGAUGAUUUGGAUGCAUUCAAUGCUUAUCCAUGGGGUGAUGACGUUUGGGUGGACUUGGUUAACAAGGUGAAACAGAGCUGUGAGGCACUAGAUAAAGGAAAAGCAGACAGAGUAACAUUCCCUGGCUUCAUAAUGGCAUUCCAGUGGUGGGCAUUUGAAACUUUUCCUGGUUUAGCAAAGGCUGGCUUAUGCAAAGUCAUCAAGGGGACAAGACAUAUCAUACCAAGGACUCUAAAGUGGGAGUUUAAAAAAAAACCUACACUGGAGGUCCUUUCUGAAAUUAUAUUCAAGAAUGACAAGUUUGAAUGGGCACAGAUAGUACCAACUGCAGAUGAGAUUGCUAUGAUAGAAGAGGGAAAUGACAUAAAUGAGGAGGUGAUGCACCUUGUGAUAAACAAUGUUGGCAGGAUUGAUGCUCAAAAGCCAAAUACUAUUGUAGCAAAAGGGAAACAAAAGGUGAUGCAGGCCAAAGUAUUCAAAAGAAAAAAAACAAAAGCUGGGAGGAGCACAGGUAAAGCAAUCAAAUCUCAAGAAGGGCCUUCUAGAAGGAGAAGAAACAAUACUACAGUAGAAAAAGAGAGUGAUGAUGAUUCAAGUGAUCAAGAAAGUGAUGAAGGUGAAGAGACCGAUAGUGAUGAUUCUAGUGAGAGUGGAAGGGAAGCAGAUAAGUAUGUAUUCUUCAUGAGCAAAGACAGCAAAAGUAUUAAAAAGAGCAUCAGAAAACAAGCAAAGGAGACUGCCAGAUUAGUGGCAGAAAUGAAAAAUAUGAAGAAGAAUCAAAAAAAGCAAGAGGAUCUUUUGAAAGAUGUCAUUCUGAUGCUCAACAAAAUGUCACAGGGUGUUGAGAAGAGUGAGCCUACAAAAGCAACUGCAGAGGGUGAUACAGAUGAAGAAGAAAGUGGAGAAGAAAAAGAAGAAAAUGAAAAAGAAAAAGAAGAUGAUGUGAUAGCCAUGACUGGGCCAGAUUCUGAGAAUGAUGUUGCUGAUAUGGCUGUGGAAGAGGACACUAGGUUGAUGAAUGCAGAGGCUGAGGAUGGUGUUGUACAGAAUGAUGAUGUUGUAGAGAAUGAACAUGCUAGUAAAGAGAAACAGGCAGCAAAUUUUCAGAGUGAGGAUUCAUGUGUGAAUAAGGAUGCUGAUGCAGAGGUUGAGGAUGAUAAAGAAGAGAAUGAGGAUGCAGAAAGAAAUGAAAACGAAAUGCAAGAGAAGAACACUGAGGAGAUAGAAAAGAACACUGAAGAAGCAAUUUGUGACAUGCCUACAUUCAAAAUACUCACUCAGUAUCAAGGUAGUCAGAAAAAAAUUGAAGACAGUGUCCAAAUGCAAGAGGAGGGACUACCUGCACAGGAAAAUAAAAAAGACACUGGUGAGUCUGCUUGGGGGAUGGGCUCACAGGAAAAUAGUCAGUUUGUCCAAGAGAUGUGCAGGACUGCAGAUGAAGUGGCAAAAAAGGCUUUUGAAAGCUAUUCUUCUAAUCCAUGCAGAGCACUCAUAAUAACUGAUCAGGAGGAUCUUCCCAAACAAAAGCGUGUUGUUAGGUCACCAGUCAAGUACAUGGGAACUGAGCAUGCAUCAAAGAGGAGGAAGAGAGAAAAGGGAAAGAAAAGAGAAGAUGAUGAAUUUCUGGCACCUCUGAAGCAAAUAAUUGGACCUUUCUCUGAAGAUCCAACAGAGAACCCACCGGUUGAAGAAAUACAGAAGGUGAAAGAAUACUUAGAAGUUGGAUUGCUGAAGAACUUCACAAAAAACAAAACUGGCAGAAGGUACAAAAAGGACGAAGACAGAAUGACCAACAAACCAUUCUUGGUAGAUACAAUGAAAGUUGAAUCAAAAACAUGGUUAUAUGACCUGUUUAUGAAUCACCAAUGGAUCACUGACAAGCAUGUUGAGGUAGUAAUGUACUAUUUGGGCAUGAAAAGGGUGCAUUACAAACUGCCACAGAAGUAUACCACAACUGGCCCUUUUUUCUUGCAAAUACUCAAGCGUGAACUUGACACAAUAUCAAAGGGGCACUACACAUACCACAAGUCAGCAGAACAAGAUAACAUUGUGCGUAAAAUAAUAGGUGCUAACAACUAUAGCCUACACUGGAGCAAGGCAGACUAUGUGUACUUUCCUCUGAAUACUGGCAAUCAUUGGGUGUUGUUAGUACUAGAUAUCAAGCAAAGAAAAGUUAGGGUGUACAAUUCAAAUGCUAGAAGAGGUGAUUCACUGAGGGAUAUCAGAUCCUAUUAUGCAAGCAUAACUGUGCUCCUGCCCAGAAUUAUGGAUUAUCACAGAGUCUACGAACUGAUGGGUGAAGAGAUUAUGGGUGAACGGUAUUUGGAAGUAGAUCCUGUAGAAGGAUGUCCACAACAAGAUGAUGGGGGAAACUGUGGAAUAUACAUGUUGAAGAUGGCAGAAUUUCUAAUGGUAGAGAUGGACAUGGAUGCCAUAUAUCCUGAAGCAAUACCCUUGUUUAGGGAAAAAAUGACAACUGAGCUGGUUCUAUACAGCCAGAGAAGGCAGGCUGAGAAAGAAUGAAGUGCAGCUUUUAAUAUGUAAUAGUACUUUUGGAACAUCCAGUACAUUUGUUUUGAAACAAUUAUGCUUAUCCUUUGUUAUUGUUUUGAAACAAUUAUGUUUAUCAUUUGUGAUUGUUUUCGAACAACAUGUUGUUUGACUUUGUUAUUGUUUUUCGAACAGAACCUAUGAAUGUAUGUUUCAAAUGGUAAUAGUUCAUAGGAUAAUUGUGUUCAUC